AGACGAUCAAUCACUUCUAGUUAGUCAAUCCUGGUGCGUUAGAGCGAGCACUCCCUCUGUUGUUGGCGAUCCUUUUUUCCUUGUCCUUGACGUUGCCGCCACCGAACCGAACGAGCGUUUAGUUACCAAAAACGGAAUUAAUAUUGGAUUCAAAAAUAAAACAUAAUUUAGGUCAUCAGGAGAUUGCCCGCUACCAGACAACACAAUAUGAACAUUUAUGGGCUGCUCGUAUCGCUGCUGAUUGCGAUUUGCACCUUAGGUGCGGGCACAACCGUACGCGCCUGGCCCGUCACUAGUCCCGAGCUGCUGGACAGCCUUAUCUUUGCCGAUCCGGAAGAGGCAGCCGCAACGAUGCGGGAAGUACCUCAAUGGCACUGUCUGCGUUACUUCAAGCAUGACAUACACCUUAUGCGCCGUUGCCGCAACUACCGGCUACACAUGCUGCGCCGCCCGAACGAUAUGAUGUAAAACAGGAGGAGGACAACAAGAUGGACCCGCAGGAGGUCAGCAGCUGGCUGGCUCGCUGACCUGGUGGUUCCAGCUGCCUUCCUGUAUUAGCCUGUCAAUGCCACAGUUUUUCCUUCAACUCGUUUUUCUCCCGCAUGACUUGAAGGUGCACGAUUGCGGUCAAGAAAUUCAAAAUUAGUUUUCGCUUGUCUUCAUCGAGCACGAAGGAGACAAUCGUUAACAGACCGUGCUUUAAGAAGCACGUUAUACAACAUAUUAACUCCGGCUCCGGAGACACCGAGGGGGCAUCGAUGGCAUCCUUUUGAGUUUCCACAAGUUUCCCCUAGAAACGACAGCCCUGUAGAUUGAUAGGAACUAAAGCACGAGACGCUGAUAUCGACGAAUCUCACAGGACAAGCCAGCGCGUGAUGACUUAUUUUAUCAAAACGAAGGAAUGCGCAGUGUAGCUUCAUUCGUAGCCUCUUAAUCGUGUUACUAA